GCAAACAGAACGUCUUUAAUGAGUGUGUGAUGCUCCCAGCGCUUUUGCUGUACCAACUAAAUCGAUUGAUCGGAUCUAUAUAGCAUUCGUUCCGACUUAUAACGCCAUAGUAUAGAUCUACGUUGAUCUGUUAUGGAGAACACAACUAAAAGAGAUGACGUCGGUAGAAACCAUGGCAGCACAGACUUCCAUGGGAAACAGGUUGUGUGGGUGGUGGCGUGUUUGGGUUUUAAUUUUCAGGCCAACGGUCCAAAGCAAACAACUAUAAACUGCUGUAAAUGUAGAUCGACAUUGGCAAUAUUCGUUCUGUAUUGCGUAACUCGACGCUUGACGCUUAGAUGCCAAAUUAAAAAAUCACGUUGUUGCCCUGUCAUAUCAAGCACAUUGCUGAUUAUCUAAAAAAAAAAUCUAUUUACAAUUUAUCACAUUGUACGAGAGAAUAAAAAGAGAUAAUUGUUUUUUAUUUGUAGAUUUUAUUUAAAAUUUUGCAAUAAUACGCCCCUACCGAUCUGACGUCGUCUGCUCUUCAAAGUGAAAUUGUUGAGUUUUCUCGUGAUUGUUCGUCUAAUCAUUAGUGUGCUGGCUCACGUAACAUUUCGUUUUGGCUCCAAAGAAAGAACUUUGUUCGUUAAUUACUUCGACGAAGCAGCAACAGCGUUCAAAGUCAACAAGUGGAAGAGGCCAAAUUUAAAGAAGAUAUUAGAUAUUUGUUUGUAUUUGAUGGUCCAUUGACUGGGUCUUAGUUUCCAAGAAAGGUGCACAAUGCGGCUUCUCAUCUGCAAUCUGAAGCCAUGAACUUGAGUUUUUCCUAUUCACUGGAGCAAAGCCAAAUCGAGAGAAGAGGACGUCAUCGAUUUCUCAUGCCAAGUUCGUUAUUUUCCAGUGCCUAGCCCAUCAAAGGUCAUAUACCGAACGGGCGAGUCUUAUACUCACUCCAGCCUUAUGGAUAUUGCAACGAUGAUGGAGCCUGAUGCAAAAACAUCAAAGGACUUUGGGCUCAUCACUAUCAGUCAAUUGUUAUUCGUUUCCAUGUGUCGUCUGAUCAUGGAUGUGCAACCGCCCUAACUUGUCUAACGACUCUUCGUUGUGCGUCUCGCCAUUCUACGAUCCCGUUACAAACAGCCGACAGGUAAGCAAGUAAACGAGGUAGGGGUCUCAUAUUUUAUGCUAAUAAUAUACCGUAUUUGUUAUACAGUCCUUAUUUUUUUCAUACGUACGGUAUCUAUCUGUAAAUUCCGUACAUUUGAAAACCACAGACUUCCUGGAUAAAUUGUCACAAUACAUAAUAACAGUAAAAAAAAAAAAAUAAUAAAAUGAAUGAAAAACCGCAUCAGUGUUCUGUGUGUGUAAUAGACGCAAACAAAGUUCAUUGAUUGAACUGGCAUCAUUCCAAAAUUGCAUUAUAGUUUUUGGGUUGGUCGUACAUCUAUUAUAGACUCGUUGUUACGUGUGUCUGCCCUUGAUGUGGUUCGCGAUAUUCGGUAACGUAUCAAAGAAUAAUUGCAUUUUCCGCUAUAUCUUUCGAAUCGACAAGUGAUUACCGCAUACUAAGACUUUAGGGCACUACACAGACACACAUAAUUGGCAACGAUAAAAGAAAAAGACCUCGUGCAACACGGACCUGGACAUCGUCCGACAUUUGGCGACAACAGCCGUUCGUUCUAUUAGAACGUAAACAUAUGAAAUUGAAACCCGCACACGAAGACACCUGACCGCGUGCUAUUAUUAUCGGUAACUUCAUUACAGGAUCAAAAUAGAACGUUGCCCUUGGCCUUGCUGUGUCACACAUUUUGAACGUGUGUCAGCGUCUAAAAACAUUGAUUGGCUGAUGCUUCGCGAACAUUGCCGGGACGCAAUACUAUAUAAGUGGUAAAAGACAAGAAAUCAUAACUCAUUUUUAUCUUGCAACUUGCAAACAGACUAAUCUGACUCCUUCCGUGCUGCUGCUGCUGCAAGUUGAAAAAAUUCGCAGCAAAUAUAACGGAGAAUGGCACAAAGGAAAUGAUCACAUAAAAAGCCACGAGGCUAAUAUCUGGAGGCUUACAAUUCUAGAUAAUUUAUCACAAGACAGAAAGCCGAGAGCCCCAUAAAGAUGAACGAUAAGGCUAUACGGCAAUAGUCCCGCGAGAGAGGACAGAAUAUCUAAGUUAUAGUAGCAAAGAAGAGCGCGCAUCGAGGAUCAGGCAGGAUUUUCUUGGAUGUCGGUGAUUGCAUCCGCGUAAGACGCACAUCAAAAGGCAACGAUUUACAACCAAUCUCCAAUACAUCUACAGUGCGCAAUAAUAAAGAACAUGUACGUACACAAACGAUUGAUCACCCGCAAAAAACAAUUUACAAGGAUCGCACCACGUGUGCCAUUUUCCCCUGCUGUAUGUCUAUGUCUAUAAGAAAUGUUUUUGCUAACAAAGACAAGGACUGUUCAAACAUUGCUUAUGUUUUAGCGAAUGGAAACAACAACAACCCUAUAACGUGAUCGUCUCUACUGCCGUUUGUUUUUCAUGGCGCAGACUCGGCUGCUGGUCUUAAAGUUCGUCCAACUGGAAAAAAGAAAAACGUGCAUUUCGCAUCAAAGCGUUUACACGGAGGGACGAGUAACUAGAAAUUCGCUCACUUUCUCAAUCGACCGCCACUAAGAUCGAUGCUAGUUGGGGGGAAGAGAGAAACGGCAGUCGACAAUGUCGACAAUGCCGCGGUUGCGGGAGUUGUUGUUUCUUUUUCGGGAAUUCACGUUCGAUUCGGUGUUGUUGUUUCGGCUCUGUUGCGCUGUGUUCUUAUUAUCUAACAGUCGCAGUGUUGCAUCAGCGCUAGAAGAUUGUCUUUAUAUACUUGGCUGCGCGAGACAGUCGAUGGAUUUGCGGUUUUAAAAAUAGAAGUUUGUUUGUUCUAGACGAUCCACACUUCGUCCUUGAACGUUUUGCAGUUCGUUACACUGAGAAUGAUUUCUAGCAGGACUUCCUAUCACAGGAUUCUUGUUCAUCCGAUUCCGUUUUGAAUCGUAUAUCAUCCAAAUUGGCAAUCAUUUCGGAAAAAUGGAGACACUGAUGGAAGUCGUCCUGCCUUUCAUCAGCACGAUUUUCAGGCCAUUCCUAAUUGUAAUGAUGGGCUGCCUCUUGUCUGUCGCUCUACUCCGACUUUUGGUGUUCUUCGUCCUGGAACAGGGCGAUCCGGUUUAUCCGUCCUUGCAUUAUCGUCCUUCUUCUUUGUCCGAGAGAUUAAUCAGCACGUUACCUGCUCUACGAGCCGCUUACACCGUUCCCGGUUGCUGGACUCUAGUGACCGGUAGCUGGCGGGCAUUGCUCAUUUUGGUGGCUACAAUAGCCACUCAAACUUGUACUCGAUGGACGGGUCAAGUUCGUUUUUUACGUGAAUACCUCCUGAUGGAAGAUGGUGGUCUGGUUUCUCUUGACUGGAUACAACUGCUGCCUCGAAUGGCAUCCCCGUUGAUUCCUGAUGAAAUCAAACCGUCGAGCAAAUUCAGUUGGGUUGUCAUAUUAAUGCCAGGGCAAUGGGUUUGUGAUUCUAAAAGGGAUUUACAGGCCGUUUGUCGAUCGCUUGUUCACCAGGGACAUCAGCCGGUGAUCUGGAAUCGACGUGGAGUGGCCGGAACGCCGUUGACCGCAAUGGCUUCAUCGUCGUCUGUUUGCGGUGAUCUGCGACAGGUGAUUCAGUACCUGAGCGUCCAACAUCCUAACUCACCCUUGGCUUUGGUUGGAUUUAGUCAUGCUGCCUCCCUUCUCAUUUCCUAUCUGGGCGAAUUUGGAAGCAGUACGUUGAUUCAUUCGGCCAUUGCCGUUAGUCCGUUGUGGCAGCAACCGCCAACCGGCCUCGAUUGGAUCUUUUCCAAAUGCAAAGGAAUGCCGAUGGAUUCAAGAACCGUCGAUCCACUUCGUGAUUCCGAUGACAUAGCUGUUCCUUUACUCGUCAUUCAUUAUGACGACGAUCCGCUGGUGCCGGCCAACACUCUGCCCAGGGAGCUUUUCACUUUGUAUCCGCAAUUGAUUUUGGUCACUUGCCCAUUGGGUGGCCACUGUGGGCAUCUGCAACCGACGCCUCGCCUUGCAGAUGUUGUAAUAGGUGAUUUCAUUCACGAAAUAUUGGCUUUCACUAGCUGGCCCUUAUCUGUCAUCGUACAUCAACACGAAAGACAAUGUCAGCAGACAAGACGCAGCCGAGCCGGAUCUCUUACGUUUUCAUCCGCCUCGCGAAAGCCAAGGAAAAAUCACUUGAGAUACGGCCGAUCUAGUCGCAGUUCCUGCUGAGAGUGUUCUAAAUCAUUUUUUUCAUUCAAAUUUAUGGAUUUAAUGCCUCAUAAUGUGUGCUUUAGUUACAUAAGUAUUUGCCAUCAAGUGUUCCAGACCCAUUUUUUUCCGUUCUCUCUGUUUCGUUCAUUUCCAUAUUUUUUUGUUUGUUUUUCAUGUGUCUUAUUUAUUUGGUUAUGUGUUGUUCCAAAACCGUGAUUAUGCUCACAUCCUAGUGUACUUGAAAUUCAUUGUUGUGAUUUUAAAAGAACAGGUUAGCGUUUCAUCGUGUCCUGGGACUCUUCGCUCUUGUAAAUGCACGUUAUUGUCCUGUCAUAUCAAGCAUAUCGCAGAUUAUCUAAAAAAUAAAAAUUUAUCAUGUUGUACAACAGAA